AGCUAGCUGCGCUGGCAAUAAUUUCACGAAGAAGCAAAGCAUCGAAAGUCGAUUUAACUAACACUCCACGAAAACGUGAUCUCACACGAUACCGUUUCGUAUUCUCUUCCGGAGUCAUUUCGUUUAGAAUUGCGGUCUCCACUCACAUAUCUGCUCUGAUAGAAUUAGGUUUUUUUUUUUUUUUUAUACAAUUUUUCUCUGGGAUUAGCGGACGUCCUGAUUUUGGGCUAUCGAUGGGCUUGAUGGUGGUCGUGCACUGAUGUCACUGUUCUGGAUUGUGAUUCGUCAACUUGCAGAGUCCGACGCAAUGGGUACAUCAAAAAAGGUGAUUACAAGAGAAGAGUGGGAAAAGAAGCUCAAUGAUGUGAAGAUCAGGAAAGAAGACAUGAAUAAAUUGGUGAUGAACUUUCUCGUCACUGAGGGCUAUGUUGAUGCUGCUGAGAAAUUCCGGAUGGAAUCUGGAACUGAGCCAGAUAUAGAUCUUGCAACAAUCACCGAUCGCAUGGCUGUUAAGAAGGCAGUACAGUGUGGAAAUGUGGAGGAUGCAAUUGAGAAAGUUAAUGAUUUAAAUCCUGAGAUACUGGAUACAAAUCCCCAACUGUUUUUCCAUCUCCAACAGCAGCGGCUGAUAGAAUUAAUUCGAAAUGGAAAAGUAGAAGAGGCUUUGGAGUUUGCUCAGGAGGAGCUUGCACCCAGGGGUGAAGAAAAUCAAAGUUUUUUGGAAGAGUUGGAGAGGACUGUUGCCCUGCUGGCUUUUGAAGAUGUCACCAACUGCCCUGUUGGAGAACUUCUGGACAUUUCACAGCGCCUUAAGACAGCAAGUGAAGUGAAUGCAGCCAUCCUAACUAGUCAGAGUCAUGAAAAAGAUCCAAAGCUUCCAAGUUUGUUAAAAAUGUUGAUAUGGGCUCAGAACCAACUUGAUGAGAAAGCUGCAUAUCCUCGAAUAAGCAACUUAUCUACUGCCAUGCUUGAAGACCCUGCAGCUUGAAAGGCUAUGCGGUGUUGUGGACGAUUUGGGUUGUCUCUAGAAUGAACACAUAGAAUUGGAUGGAAUCAUUAAAUUUGUGUAUUGUGAUUACAGAAUGACUCUGGACGGAUAUUUGUUGGAUGGUGUGAGAAUUUGGUUGGUGCUUAUUCUCUUCCUCUUAAUCUGAAAUGUUUAAUGGCCUAAUCUCAUGUAAUUGAUUUUUUUAUUACUUUUUUUUAUGCAAUCUGCUUUAUUUGAAAA